CGUCUCCCCGCCACGAGUCACUCUCAACGUGCUGGACAAGGUCGACUAGGACGAUACAUACGAUCCCGAUCACGAGCUACAGAAGCAGGUAAACUAGUUCUCUAUGGCAUAGAGCCUACUAAUCGGCUCGUAGAAUGUGUUCCCUCUUGACAACUACAAUCCAUUACAGAGGCUGUCCUGAAUCAUGCGAUACUACAGUCACUCGGUUGGUGAAAUGCCAGGACGCUGAGAACUCUGGGAACGUUUGUGCGAACCCGACUCAAUCUUACGGGGGCAAAACCACGGCUCGCCAACAGUGCCCCAACCAUCGGGAUGAAGGGUAUUCUCAAAGCUAGUUGCUAUAUCUCGAGCCUCCACUAUAUAGCAGUGGGUGGGCGGGGGUUGUGAUCUGUCGCCUGGAGAAAGCUGUUGAUGGUCGCAUUUACUGGCUGAACCGAGGCAAGUUUAGAAAAUGGCUUGCAGGAUGAGAUUGAACCCCCAA